GAGUUUCACCACCUGAAUCCACAUGUGUUCCGGAAGUUCUGCAGUAUGUGUUUAGAAGUGUGUAAUUAGUAGGUUUUUAAUUUUGUCGCACGUACCGCAAAGAUGCAGGUUUCCGCCCCGAAUAAUAUAAAAAUUUAUAAUCUCAGCGCUGGAAAAUCUAUUCCCGAGUGGUUGUCUGAGAGAAAAAGAAGACGAUUAUCCAAGAAGAAUGUCGAUAUACGACGACGUAUCGAGCUUAUACAAGACUUUGACAUGCCUGGUGUGAGCACCUCCAUCAGAGUAUCCAGAGACGGGCAACAUAUACUGGCAACAGGAACUUACAAGCCGCGUGUAAAGUGUUUUGAUGUGAACAAUUUGUCAUUGAAAUUUGAGAGGUGCUUAGAUUCUGAAGUAGUUACUUUUGAAGUCCUGUCAGAUGAUUACAGCAAGUUACUAUUUUUACACUGUGAUCGCAAUGUUGAAUUUCAUGCUGCUUAUGGAAAAUAUUACAGAUUGAGAGUGCCAAAUUUUGGAAGAGAUUUGAAAUAUCAUUAUCCAUCAUGUGAUACUUUUAUUGUAGGUGAUAGCAAUCACAUAUACAGAAUAAAUCUUGAACGUGGUCAAUUUUUACAAUCGUUUGAAUCGGAAGCAUCGUCGAUAAACAAAUGUGAGAUAAAUCCGGUGCAUCACCUGCUCAUAGUCGGUACUCAAGAAGGAAAAGUUGAAGCCUGGGAUCCGAGAGCGAGAAGCAAAGUAGGCACGCUCGAUUGUGCUCUCAAUUGUAUUCAAAACAAUUUGGACGCUAUUUCUGCGGUCACCGCGUUGAAGUUUCAAGACGGUUUGCAUCUAGGAGUAGGCACAUCUACGGGACAAGUGCAGCUGUACGAUAUAAGAUCCAAUAAACCGUUUUACACGAAGGACCACAUGUACGGAUUGCCGAUCAAAUGCAUCGAUUUCCAUCAGAAAAUGGAUCUCGUUUACUCCAUGGACAGUUCCAUUGUAAAGAUAUGGGAAAAAGAUACCGGCAAACUUUAUACUUCGAUAGAAGCUCAGUACGACUUCAAUGAUUUGUGCGUCAUACCGAACACCGGCAUGCUGCUGAUGGCUAACGAAACCAAAAAGAUGCAAAGUUAUUACAUUCCCGGUCUCGGGCCCGCGCCCUACUGGUGCAGUUUUCUCGACAAUCUCACGGAAGAACUGGAAGAACUGAAUUACGACAUUAUCUACGACGAUUACAAAUUCGUGACCGAGAAAGAACUGGAGGAAUUGGAUCUUGCGCAUCUGAAGGGCACCAAUUUGCUCAGAGCUUACAUGCACGGUUACUUCAUGGACAUUCGACUUUACAGAAAAGCGAGAGACGUCAUGAAACCGUUCGAAUUCGAAGAAUACAAGAAGAGGAAGAUUCGCGAGAAGAUCCGAGAGGAAGCCGCCAGCAGAGUGCAGAUCCAGAAGUUGCCGAAUGUGAAUCAGGAGCUGGCGGCGAAGCUGAUGGAGAACAAAAACGCGAAGAACAAGAAGAAACAAGCGUCGUCGAAUCUGCUGAACGACGAGCGAUUCAAAGAUCUCUUCAGCAAUCCCGAUUUCCAGAUCGACAAGAAUUCCGAGGAGUACGCUCUGCUGAAUCCCGUUAUUUCUCAACUUAACAAGGAUAAGGCUAAGAAAUUGACACAAGAAGAAAAAGAAGAAGAAGCGCGAGACAAACUCGACGCGGAUGAACGAAAAGGCAAUAACAGUUCGGACGAGAGUUUGAUACGCGACAGUUCCGACGACGACAGCUCGGACGACGAGAAAUUGUGGGUCAGAGAAAUGCGCAAGAAUUAUCGAACGAUAAAACGCAACGAGAGAAUCAAGGAACAGGAGAACGAGGAGAAAAAUGAUCAUGUUUCCGAGAUAAACGAGCCGAAGUUGGAGGAAGCAACGAAAAAUGACGAAACGAAGUUCGUCUUCCAGGAAGGCGAGCCGGGGAAGAAAAAACAGAUCAAGACAACGUUCGAGGUGAGAUUGGCAAGGGAGAGGACGAACGACGUGAAGGUGUACGGAUCGCGCGGCAGCAGAGAGAUGACCUUCGUCGUUCGGAAGAAAAACCGACCCGCGGAGAGACAGAGACGUCACAGAAGGGAGUACAACGUGUUGCGACCUGUGGGAAACAUUUUCAAGAAGAGAAAAUUAAUUUAAAAAAAAAUCAGUUCAAACAAUUUGUUUUAUGCAAAAACAAAUGU